AGCGCAUGUCGACGAACCUCAAAACUCCCGUAGGCUUGACACAAGAUUGAGGUCGAGGAUCGGGCUCGAGUGAAGAGCUCAAAUAAUAGUAGCGGAACUACUGCUGCCUCUGCUUUCAACUUUCGCAAAGCUUCGUUCGCUAACGGCGUCAUUCAAGAUGGUUACAGCUUCUCGGCCGUCGCACCCGCCUCCCGGUUGUGCCCGGAAAUCGCGGCGUGCUGCUGGUGCACGUCUAUUGCUCACUCUCUACUUGCAAGAUAACACUAUCGGCCGACAGUCUGUUGCUGCGAGUAACCCUGGAUCCGAUGCGCGGCUCCUCACGUCUGUUCUCAUGGACACAGACGACAACUACAUCAAUGCUUUCGACGACGCCAAGCCACUUGAAUUGAAGGAAGCAUUGUAUCCAGGACCAAGUGUCAGAAUCAACAAUUACCGGACUUUUUUCAAAAAAAUUUCACCUGGAGUCAGCAUUUAGCAUUGCUGCGCCUCGCCAGCAGCUGCGAUGAGGACAACUAGAAGAAGUCGUCUAACUGUAGAUAGGACAACGAAAAUCCGCCCACCUUUGAAAAAAUCUUCUCAUUUGAUUUUUCUGAUGGUAGCUCUGGCAUACUAUAAUCGUCGGCUUGCACGAUGCCAUCGACCAGAAGAAGUCGUCCUACGUGAAAACGUUUAUCGAGAAGGGCCAGAAAGUGUGGGACAAGUACGUGGGACAAUCUACGUUGCGGCUAAUCAAUCAACAGCAGCCCCAGACGCUCCAGUCACCGAUUAUGCACGCCGUGCUAUCAGGGUACACAACUUCCCGACGUACGUUCAUGUCACGCACGACGCCAAAUCAAUUUGAUUUGUUUUGAGUUCGUCUUCCCUACAUCAACCUCUUCUAGGCUUCGGCACUGUCUUAUGCAUGAGAAUGAACUGUAGUGGAAGCCGCAGCAAUAGAAUAAGACGACUUCUUGUGCGUCGUGUACAUUCAUCGUAUAGUGUUUUUGUCACGCACACCAGGCUACAAGUUUGCUUAUUUUCGUGUUUCACCUUCGCUUGCCGUUCUUCAUACGAGAUCCUUUGAAUGAGUUGCAGUGGGAAUUGCGCACCCUGAUACAUGCUGGCUGGAAAGCUGAAGACCUUCCAGAUGCUUCUCGACAAGGAUGCCGACGUAACCAUUCCCGAGAAGGAUGGCUACACCGUCUUUCACGGAGCGGGAUUUCAAGGCCGGGAUCAAAUUGCGGAGCGCUUGAUCGACGCCGGAGUGCAGGAAGUGCCCCACUCUGAUGGCUACAAGGCCUUCCACCGGGCUUGUUGGGGAAGGGAGAAGCGACACACCAAAACUGUUCAGGUAUUCAAACUGAAAUUUUGUUUAUCGUAGAGUCACGUAUAUACGGAACGUGGGGCGGAUCUCAUCAUCGAGGACGCUUCUGGUACAGAAUGCGUUCUUUCCUGACCACGAUCAUGUUCAUGCAAGGACAUCAUUUGAUUCACCGUUGAGGAAUCGAGCAUGACGAUGACCAUAAUUGUGUAAUCAUUCGUACACCGAGGUCUUCAUUGAUGCUGGCGUCGUGGCUUACAAUGAGCCAGCGGCGAAUGGGAAGACGUGCGCCGAAAUGACGAACAACGAGCAGACGAAGAAGUACCUAAAAACCGCACAGAAAGCCUAUGAGGCGAAGCAGAAACAGGAGAAAGAAACGGAGGAAACGGAUAAAGAACGCGAAAAGCAUAUCGUGAGGAAAAAUCCCCCUCCCCAUAUCGAAAAGGUAUGUUUCCGAAAAUUUGUGUUCGCUGAUUUGAGGCCACAAUUCGCAUUUCUGUUGCAAGAAGACAACGGCAGAAGCUUUCGCCCCAUUAUGGAAGCGAUUUGUCAUGCUAUUGGGACUAAAGGGAAGCCGUUUGCCAGGCUGAACAACUAGCCCCAUACGUCCCUACCUAGCCUGGGGAUCUGGCCGCCGUGCCUCUCUGCAAUACAAAGCUGAUUUGUGUACACAAGUCCAGCAUCAGAAGCUCCGUUUUGAUAUGGGGAGGGGGGAUGUUUCCUUUUGAUAAAGCAGACCAAGUGGCAUGAGAACCUCAACGCGGAGAUGCAGAAGCUUCGCGACAAGGAUAUGGCCUUCGCAGAUCUUGCAUAACUUCUCAACUGCCAUGCGCGCUUGCAGAUGUUUGCCUCGUCCACUUGUAGUCCAUGGAUAACAGCAACAAGUGGCCGCACUAGACUUGAAGAGCAUAUAACCUUUUUGUAGUCGGAGGUCGUGGUACCUACAUUUUUUGGGCCGCAGCCGCUCCCACUUAAUACGCUUGCAUAUUCUGAUGCGCGUCCGCUUGAGUGCGACGUACGUAAGAAGGACGUUUGUCCUAAUCUUGCACCCGCCGCCGGAUUGAAACUUGCAUCGCGAAGAUGAAUGUAAAAAGAAAGAAAAGCAUAGUCGCUGGGUAUGUGCAAGAACGUCUGACGAAACCAUAACAAGAGUGCCCGAGAAGGAAAUCCAGGACGGCUUUCUGGAAAAUCUGAAAAAAUACGAACUACCGAAGGAUGAAGCAGACCUGGACCCGGACCUGUAG